GCAGUUUAACAAGUUAUCAAAGUUAACGCAAGUUAGCAAAUUUUUAUUUGAAAGAAUUUUAAGUUGAAUAAAUUGUGCGGUCUAUAUAUGACUCUCAAAAUAAACCGCAAAAGUGAACAUUUUGUUUUGGAAAGCGAAUCAUUUAAGAAAGUCCAUUCACCGCGUCAUUUUAGCUCCAUGUUUUAAUCAGUAUAUUUAAUGAGUUAAUUUAAUGAUUCAGUAAAAUAGUUUGGCUUAUAAUCUGAAGUUAUUAACCGUAUGUUAACUACAGCGUGUUGGAAUUAAGUAGAAGAUUAUCCGAACAAGAGAGCAUACUGAACGUCAAAACAAGCAAGAAAAUGUCUCUUAAGCGUUGGAUAGGUUUUUUUACAAGACCUUUAGUAUUACGAAAGAAAAUUAUUUUUGUCAUUAUUUUUACAGCCUUAUUAAUUGUUAUUGUUGGUUUCUUGAAAACGGAACUUAAUACACAUCAUGACACUCGAUAUAAGAAGACUUCAAACAAAUAUACGAAUUUUACAACAUGUCCUGUGCUUUCUAUUCACAGCAACAACAGAAAAGUCACAGGUCAACAGGCUUGCACAGACCAUAUACCCACAACAUCAAGUUGUAAUUUUACUGCAGACAUCUUUAAAUACAACCCAGAGGUACAUACAUGCAGAAACGACCCUCGAAUAAGAAUAUGUCGCUUUGUCAGAGGAAAGUUUAAAUGCAAUGUGAAAAAUUGCGGGAGACACUACAGUGAUUUUGUUUAUAUUCAUAUAUUCAAUACAAAAACAGGAGAAACAGCAACCUUGGCAGUGGGAAGUCAAAGUAAUGAACGAUUAGAAACCGUUUUAGCACGUGCAGCCGACCAGACAAUUCGUAAUGGUUUUAAUUUUUUGUUUGUAAGUUGUGGAGAUGACGUGCAAAAAACACAACUUCUGCUGCUGAGUAAAGACAUGCUAAAAGCUAAUAAGAACGACAAUAAAACGAGUAGAAAUAUAAAAACUACAAGAAAUAAAAUAAAAAAUAAAAUAAAUAUCAAUAUAGUUUUGAUCGAUUCACUUUCUCGAGCUCAUUUUUAUCGCUCAUUAAAGAAAACAAUUAAUGUUUUCAAAGAAUUUAAUUUAGGUUCAAAUGUCGAAGUUCUGGACUUUGAGCUUUACCAAGCAUUGCAUGGUCACACUAACGCAAAUACGUACGCCUUGUUUACAGGGACGCACGCUCCGCACAAUCUUACGAACACUAAGGUGGAGGACAUGCCACUCUGCGUAGAAGACUUUUAUAACCACUUUCAAAAGAAUGGAUAUUAUACAUUACACCAGGACGAUAUGUGUUGGCAAUCAUACUGGGGAAUUAGGAUGGAUUUAGGUGGCGGAGAGAAUUGGAACGAGUUUAAUGAUCAGAUGAAGAAAGCACACAUCAACGAUACCGGUCUGACAUUUGCAUCGUGUAAGAUUUUACAACGUCAUGGUAUACCACACGUGUUUAACACGUACGAAGAUGAAUAUAUUUGCUACAACGGACAUCAACAGGACGCUUACUACUUGCAGUAUAUACACAAAGCUUUUAAACAACAUAAAGACACUGAACAUAUUUUCGCUUAUACAACUCUCAUGGUAUCCCAUGAUGCCGGGGGAGUUCGCAUUCAAUCUUUCGAUAAUGAUUUGGCAGAUUUCGUAUUAAAAAUGGCGGACAUGGAAAAUACAUUGACAAUAAUUUUAGCAGAUCAUGGAAACGCGUAUACAGAUUACGUUUAUUUAGACAUGGAAGGUCGUUAUGAAAUGUUUCAUCCAUCUUUGUUCAUGAUUGUACCAAAAGGCGUGCAACAAUAUAUUGGUGAUGAUGUGAUGACGUCAUUAAGGUUAAAUCAAAAGAGACUUCUCACUAUGAUUGAUCUUCAUCACGGUCUGUAUUCUUUAACUGAUAAAAGUCAUGCGACUCCAGGGUUGCUGCAAAAUAUAUCACUCAAGAGGACUUGUUCGGACUUACCGUUACGUUUACCGAAUCUGUGUAUUUGCGAAGGCUGGAGCUCUCCCGCAAAGAAUUCAACAGAGCUGGUUGGUCAGUUAGAGUUUGCCGUGGGAACAUUGAACAAUAUUAUAGCGAAAUCGCCGAAAUGCAAAAGACUGGUGCCGAUUCUGUUUUAUAAUGUUUUGCAACGAAACGAGAACGAAAAUCAGAUAACAAGAUUUGACAUUGUUAUGGAGCCUGGAUUCGGUUCCAACAAUAAGAAAGAGAGAAUAAGCGUUGAACUCAAGUCUAGGAUGAGCGGUGUUAGCGAUACCCAUAAUAUGCAACUGCUGAAUUGGGACCGUAUUUCAAAAUUUCACAGUUACAAGAGUUGUAAUGCGAAAGAAGUAUCUAAAAGACUUUGUAUAUGCGAUAUAAACAAAGGUAGGGAACCUCCGAAGGGUAAGUUUGCAGCUCUGUUUUACCAUAGAACUUCGAAAGUAUACACAAUAUUUGAAAAUACCGUAACAGAGAAAAAAAGAAAGAUUCUCAAGAAGAAAUUAGUUUUAAUAGAAAGGAUAUACAAUGAGAAUAAAAUGUUAAACGGGACAGUAUUAGAUCCUGAAAUCAUAGCAGUUUCAUUUGAGAUUGCAAACAUGGACAACUCGACCGCUUACACCGUGUCCAUAAACUUUACUACCAUGGAUAAUUUGAAACAGGUGGCUUCUCAAGACUGUUCAGCUGUGACCGAGCCGCUUAAAGUAAUUUACGCUUGUACUAUACAAAGAGUUGUUACGACAUCAAGUGUGGAGUAUAGUUACGAGAUAUCGUACAGUGCUUUGCACAACUGAUUCUAACAAAAAGACACUUCGGGCACCUUAGUAUCGUGAAAUUAUUUAAGCUUGUGACGGCGACGGUGAGAAAAAAAUGUAGAACAUGGCUCUUUUUGCGAUUUGUAACGUAUCCUAUUGCGGUUUAAGGCCGUGCCAUAGAUUUUGCCAAAUAAAUUGUUGCGAAUCGAGGCUAGUUAUUAUUUUUAUUUCUUUAUUGUUCUAAUAGACCUAUCAUAUUUUUAAACUUGUAAUCUUAGACUGAUAAGAGUGUAUUUUUAUAUAAAAAAAUGUAUUACGAAUUAAGGUUUUUUAUUAUAUUUUGUGACAUAAAUUUUAGCGAUAUAUCAGUCUAUUUGCUGCUUUGUAUGUUUCUAAUCCUUCCACCUGACUAUAUUAUAGAAAGAGAUGUUUUUCGGUUU